AUGGCGGACAUCGGCCAGUGGGUGGCGUUUCUGUCGCCAGAGUCUCAUGCCCUCGAGCUGGAGAUCAAGAAGAAGGAUCUGCGAGGCCUGGCAGCGACCGCCGGCGAGCACCUUAAAGCCAACCGGACCUUAGAGAAGCUCCGCCUGGUGGAAAACCAGCUCACCCCAGAAGACGCGCAGGAGCUGGCGGCCGGGCUCAAAGAGAACACCACUUUGAGGAAGCUGGCCAUCAACUACAACCAAGAGAUGGGCGCCAAAGGCGUGGAAGCCAUCAUGGCCGCGGUGGCUGGGCACCCCAACUUGGCCGAGUUUCACUUUGGAGACCAGGGCUUGGGGCCAGAAACUGCUUCUCUGGUGGCCGGAAGCCUCAGAAACCACCCUGGCUUGAGGGUCUUGGACCUGAGCUUCGGCGGGGAGAUCGGCUUGGAGGGCGCCAUGGCCCUGGCGGACUUGCUGCGAGAGAGCCGGGGCCUGGAGUCUUUGCUUCUCACGGAGAACGAGAGCAUAGGCUCAGAGGGCGCCAAAGCGAUUGCAGGGGCCAUUGCCAGCAAUGAGGCCAGCGCCCUCAAGACUUUGGAGUGCAACUACAAUGAAAUGAAGGACGAAGGGGCCAUAGCCAUGGCGGAGAUGCUGAAAUCCAACCGCUCACUUCGCAAGCUUGGGCUCCACGCCAACAAAAUUCAGGCGGCCGGUGUCUGCGCCAUCUGUGAGGCCCUGACGCAGAACCGGGGCCUGGAAGACAUCGACCUCAGACACAACCAGUGCGGAGAUGAAGCGGCGCCCGCGCUGGCAGAGGCCUUGCGGACCAGCACGGUGCGGAUCUGGGACCUGCGAAGCAUGCGCCUCACGGGCGCGGGCGUGGCCCAGCUGGCGCCCGGAGCUGCGGUGAAUAUCGACUUGUCAGGCAACGACCUGGGCGCCGCGGGCCUCCGCGCAGUGGCCGAGUGGGCGGGGAAGGUCUCGGCCGACUCGGCGCUGGAGGAGCUGACGGCGGUGGACUACGGGACGGCGGUCCCUGAGGACGUGGAGCUGAUGGUGGCCCGCAGCCACCAGAGCAACCUGAAGCUGAAAGUCCUCGAGCUCGCUGAAUUCUCUGGCCCCCUGGCCCCAGAGGCUGAGGCACUCAUGGUGAAAGCCUUGGCGGCCGGUUCGGCCAUGGCGAGCCUGCAGCUGGCAGAUGCAAGCGAGCACCUGGAGCAGCUUGUGAAGGCCCUCACCAGCUCGCAGCUUGCCAAGCUCUCCUGCCGCUUCCUCGACCUGGCAGUGAUGCAGAACUUCCUCUCGGCGCUGCCAUCCUUCUCCUUCCUCUCGGUGCUGGAGCUGCAGGGCACCCUCACAGGCGCUGGACCCAUCCUCAAGGAGGCUUUGCUGCUGAACGCCAGCUUGAAUGAGUUGACGCUUUCCAAGUGCGAAUUGAACGCGGAGGACGCCCGGCUCAUCUCUGAGGGGCUGGCUGGGAAUUCCUGGCUGAAAUCCCUGGACCUGUCCGAGAACGGUCUGGCAGAAGGCCUGGAGUCCAUCUUCGCGGCGAACAAAGGUUUGGAGAAGCUGGAUGUCACGAAUACUGGCAUGGGCGAUGACGCCCUGGCAGCCUUGGCAGGCAGCUUGAACAGCAACAAGCGCCUGACCACCCUCCGCAUCUCCGGGGCCGGCGAAGUCGCGGCCUUUGCCGAUGCCUUGCAGCGGAAUGUCGUCCUGCGGGAGUUGGAGUGGAAAGACGCGCUCGAGGGAAGCGGCGCCAGCCUGGCCAAAGCCCUGGAGACCAACAGCUUCCUCGGUUCCUUUCUGCUUGAGCAGCGCCCGAAGAAGAGCAAAACCAAGAAGGCAUGGCGGCGAGAGGUCGACGAGGAGUUUGAGAGCGCAAUGCAAUCGAUUGCCUGGCUCACGACUCGGAACUCCCAACCGCCUUUGCUUCUCCACUCGAAUUUCGCGCAAGGGGAAAGCUGCAAGGCGAUUCUCACAACGCUGGCUGGCAAGACGAUGCUGGAGCUAGACAUUCCCUCGACGGCAUCGCCAAAGGAUCUUCUGCGGCAGGUCUUUGACCGCCUGGGCUACGUUCGUCCCUUGCGUUUGGUCCUUCCUGAUGGCCGCUUCUGGCAAGAAGAAGAUCGCCCAGUUGCAGACUUGGCCGGAUCAAUCGGCCACGACUGA